UCUUUUAGGAACUGUAUACUUUUAUGAUCAAUGCUUAUUCUAUUAAAAUUUUCAUCUUGAGGUUCAAAUUCUUUUUAUGGAUAUUAAUGUUCACUUUUUAAGUAAAGGAGUUACUUCACUACUUGCCUCACCUAGUUGUUUAUUGCAACUAUGAACUAUGCAUUUAUAUAUAAUUUUUUCAGUCAUUGGUGGCUUAAUAUUGGAGUGGAUCACGAAGGUUAAAAUGAGUUCACUUUCAAAUUAGCUACUACCACAGAAGCACCAACAGACCUGAAAAAUUGAAAAUCGACUGUUUUCAAAUUCAAACUAAAACCAUAUAUCAGAUAGGCUAAAUGAGACAAUGCUUAUAUCACAAUUGACAAGUGUGGUCAGAUUGGGAUUCCAUUACAGCAUGUUUAACCUGCUAGUGACACUAUUUUUUCUGUUAGUUUGACAUCUUUAACUUCUAAGCUAACAUUUGACGCAAAGGUUAGCCUUGUUUUAUUGUUACACUAGUUUGAUAAAUUUAAAUCUUGUAUUAAUUUUCUUAACAGGUAGGUCAUAACCUAUUAACUAGCUUAGAUGGACAGCUGUUAAAUUACUUGUGAAAUAUCCUUAUCUGUUGGAUUUUUCCUUGAUCAUUUAAUUCAUCAUUUUUUAUCAGCAAGAUGCUGAAGUUGCAUGCUUCCAUUUAUAAAUCUGUUUUGGUGGCUGACCACUUACAGGGGCUUGCAUGUGUACAUACUAAAUAUAUCAAAGUUGGGCCAGAUUUUGGUGAUUGCAUUUCAUCUGUAGGUGGCAUUUUUAACUUUUUUCUUUACUGAGUAGUUAGGAUCUGCCUUAUGGCAGUGUUUAUUUUGAAAGACAGUUCAAAGGUAGGGUGACCAAUUUAUUCUUGACUUAGUAGUUUGGAUCUGCCUUCUUGAAGAACAGUUCAAAAGUAGAGUGAAGUAGUGAACCACCUGUCGUAAAAUUAGGAUUUUAGCAGAAAAGCCUGCUGAAGACAAGCUUUCACUUGUCUCAAGAAUUGGUACAAAUUGAAUUAUGGUGUUUGAUAUUGUGUGUCAGCAUCACAAAGUGGCAGUAAUACCAUGUUUUAGGUUUCAAACACCUUUAAACACAGACAAAUAACAAUAUAAGUAAUGAGAUACCAAAACAAUUGUUACAGUUUUUAAGCAUAUUGUCCACACAUAUUUUGGAAAAAAAGUGCAGUAAGGUGGACAAUAGGACUUAAGUUUAUGAGGAUAGUGUUUUUCCCUGAACUUUGAACAUGAAAAGUCAGCAAAGAUUGAAGCAAACUAUGCAGCCGAUUCAGUUGAAAUUGAAGGAUCACUUCAUGAAGCUGAACAUAUGGGGAAGUGAUGUAAUCAUAAGGGCCCAAAAAGCACCAUAGCUGCUAGCUGAAGUUUUUUUUUUUGUGUUUUUAUUCAUCCCUAUUUCUUGGCUAUUUUUGUCUUCUCUAAAGGUUUUCAUUUGAUAUGUCAUAUCAGGAUGUUGCUCCUGAAGCCAUCAUCUUGCAACUAAAUGUAUCUUUACAAAAUUUGAUACGGUUUAGUAUGGAUUUGGUGGUUAAAUAUGGAAGACUAAAAUUCAGCCUGUCUUGUGGCUCAUACAACAAGUACUGAUACAUGAAGUGAUGAGAACUAUGACUAUGAUUGAGAGAUGGGGAUGGUAGCAACUGAAGACUUUGCUAAAAUAUGCUCAUCUUUUUCAGUGCCCAUAUAUAGUUAUAGCAGGAGAGAGCACAAAUUAUAUUGUUGAAUUAUCUUUUGUUAAUGUGAGUCAGGUACUUUUAACUUGAUGCAAUUCUGGGACAUUAUCUGAGUUAUAAUUUUUGCUUUUUACAUGUUUGCACAUUUUAUGGUAUCAGUCUGGUCCUUCAUUCUUUUCGAUGCUCAAGUCCCACAACAAUUGUAACUCUGGCAGGGAUAAUCACAGCUUGAAUAUUGUUAUCUGAGGUUUCCCUGUUUGGUUACGUGACAUUCCUGGCAUUGUAUUUCGAACAAAAAAUAAACCAUUUGAGGAUGAGAUGCAGAAAUUUGUCAAGAAGAUUGUUGAUAUGAUGAAACAGGAAAAUCUUUUCUCAUGGCAAGGUGGUCCAAUCAUCUUAUUGCAGAUUGAGAAUGAAUAUGGAAAUAUUGAAGGGCAGUAUGGUCAAGGUGGCAAAGAGUAUGUUAAAUGGGCUGCUGACAUGGCACUUACCCUUGAUGCUGGCAUACCAUGGGUUAUGUGCAGGCAAAGUGAUGCUCCUGAAACUAUUAUCGAUUCCUGCAAUGCAUUUUAUUGCGAUGGUUUUAGGCCAAACUCUUACAGGAAGCCAGCUCUUUGGACUGAGGACUGGAAUGGAUGGUAUGCUUCUUGGGGUGGAAGGGUGCCUCAUAGACCUGUUGAAGACAAUGCUUUUGCUGUUGCUCGUUUUUUCCAAAGGGGGGGAAGCUUUCACAACUAUUACAUGUUUUUUGGUGGAACAAAUUUUGGUCGGACAGCUGGUGGUCCCUUACAAACAACUAGUUAUGAUUAUGAUGCUCCGGUUGACGAAUAUGGCCUUUUGGCUCAGCCUAAGUGGGGACAUCUGAAGGAUUUGCAUGCAGCUAUUAAGCUUUGUGAACCAGCUCUUGUUGCCGUUGAUGAUGCACCACAAUAUGUAAAAUUGGGUUCAAUGCAAGAAGCACAUAUAUAUUCCAGUGGUUUUGUAGACACAAGAAACAGUCUUCCACAGAAUGUGAGCAUUUGCUCAGCAUUUCUUGCAAAUAUCGAUGAAAGAAAAACAGUUACUGUGCAAAUUUUUGGUGGAUCUUAUUCUCUGCCACCCUGGUCUGUAAGCAUUUUGCCAGAUUGCAAACAUGUGGUUUUUAACACUGCAAAGGUAGCUACUCAAACUUCAAUCAAAACAGUUGAAUCUGCUUCUCCUAGCUUUUCAAACACAACUGGAACUGGGGAUAUAAUUCUUUAUGACAAAGAUACUUAUAUUUCGAAGACAUGGAUGACUUUUCAUGAGCCAAUUGGUGCAUGGGGCGAUAACAGCUUCACCUAUCAAGGCAUAUUAGAGCAUUUAAAUGUUACAAAGGACAUCUCUGAUUAUUUGUGGUACUCUACAAGAAUAAAUAUAACUGAUGAAGAUAUUACAUUUUGGGAGGAAAAGGGCAUUUAUCCGUUGCUUACGAUUGACAAAGCACGUGACGUGGUUCGAAUUUUUGUGAAUGGUCAUCUUUCAGCCAGUCAAGUUGGUAAAUGGGUUCCAGUGAAAGAGCCAAUUCAUCUGGUUCAGGGAUCCAAUGAUUUAGUUUUGUUGUCAGAGACCGUUGGCUUGCAGAAUUAUGGUGCUUUCCUUGAGAAAGAUGGGGCAGGGUUUAGAGGGCAAAUAAAAGUGAGUGGCUUGAAAAAUGGAGAUAUUGACCUUUCUGAUGCCCUGUGGACAUAUCAGGUAGGACUGAAGGGAGAGCUUGCAAAACUAUAUACUCCUGAGAAUCAAGAGAGUGCAGAUUGGAUUGACGUGCAACCAGAUUCAAUUCCAUCAUCCUUUACAUGGUACAAGACAACAUUUGAUGCCCCUGAGGGUGACGAUCCCAUUGCCCUCGACUUAGGGAGCAUGGGAAAAGGCCAAGCUUGGGUCAAUGGUCAUGGAAUUGGACGAUAUUGGACACUAGUAGCUCCAAAAAAUGGAUGUCGUGAUUAUUGUGACUAUCGUGGAGCAUACCAUGAAAACAAGUGCACAACCAACUGCGGCCUGCCCACUCAAAGUUGGUACCAUGUUCCAAGAGAAUGGUUGCAGGCUUCAAACAAUCUACUAGUGAUAUUUGAGGAAACAAGUGGAAACCCCUGGAAGAUCUCUCUCAGGAUGCACUCCACCGUAACAAUCUGCGCAAGAGUGUGGGAAACCGACUAUCCACCUCUUUCAACCUGGUCACAUCCAGAUUUUGUGAACCGCAAGAAUUUGAUCGAUGAGGUCGCACCAGAGAUGCACUUACGCUGCGACGAAGGGCACGUCAUCUCCGCCAUCACAUUUGCGAGCUAUGGAACACCAAGUGGUAGCUGCCGGAAGUUUUCCGGGGGAAAAUGUCAUGCAGCAAGUUCCCUCUCUGUGGUGACAGAGGCAUGUCAGGGUAGAAAUAAUUGUACAAUCACUGUUUCAAAUCGGACUUUUGGUGAUCCAUGUAGACGCACUACCAAGGCUUUAGCAGUUGAAGCAACAUGCACAUCCAUCACUGCGUACCAAAACGUGUCAUAGAUCUCAAGAAUUAAACUACUCUUAUUGUUGAAGAUCUUCAUGUUCUGGUCAUUGUUAUAUCUAAAGUGUAAGCAUGAAAAUAUGUCUACUAGAAAUCAUGGAAAUAAAUUUUUUAUUGUAUAU